AUGAAACCGCGAGAUGCCUGGGGUUGCAUCCCAACCUUACAAGACGAUACCAACGAAUUCAUUGAGAAUGAGGAGAAGGCGCAGGCCUUCUUGAACACUUUCUUCCCUGAGAUGGAUGACCCGCACGAAGACCUACCGACCCAAACACCCCUGGAACUCCCAUGGCAACCCAUCACCGAACUGGAAAUCCACCGAUUUCUCCGAACUAUGAGGGGUUUCACUGCACCUGGUGAGGAUGGUCUACCGUCGCUCGUGUGGAAACACCUGUGGAAGUAUCUCAAAAAGUUUAUCACCGGGAUCUUCACCGCAUCCAUCAGCCAUGUGACAACGGUGAAAGAUUUCGUUACCAUGUGA